AUGCCUACUGGCGUGCUCGAAGCUUUGGGUCAUGCCCUUGCGGGCGCCACGGGGACGGCAUUUUCCACGACUGCCGUGUACCCCCUCGAUCUCGUAACGACGCGCCUCAAGGUCCAGCGCCAGCUGAGGCGGGAGGACUCCAUAUCCAAGAAAGAACAGUACCGGGGGGUCCUUCAUGCUAUCAAGGCCAUCGUGGAGCAGGAGGGCGGCGUCUCGGCGCUGUACACAGGCCUGGCUCAGGACAUCUUCAAGUCCGUGGCGGAUUCGUUCUUAUUCUUCCUUUUCUACGCAUACUUCCGCGACACCCGCCGCCGUGCCCGCGGUAGCAAGCUGCCGGCUUUCGAGCAGCUCGCUGUUGGGGCAUUAGCAGGUGCCUGCGCGAGGGCCUUUACGACUCCAAUCGCGAACGUCGUCACGAGGAAACAAACAUCGGCCAUGAUGCAUGAAGAGGACGAGAAGCUGAGCGUUUGGGAGAUUAUGGCAGCGAUUCGUGCUGAAAACGGCGUCAAGGGUCUUUGGGCUGGGUACUCUGCUUCUCUCCUCCUGACUAUCAACCCCAGCAUCACCUUCUUCCUGAACGAUAAGCUGGGCAAGACGCUUUUACCAGACUCCGAAGAGGGUUCGCACAACAACCAGACUACGUUCCUUCUCGCCGCGGCGAGCAAGGCCAUCGCCACCAUCAUUAGCUAUCCUCUGCAGACUGCCAAGGCCAGGCUGCAGAUGAGAGGCUCCGGUACUUCCUCGCCAAGGAGGAGCACCGAUAGCUUAGGUACCGGGUCCGAGAAAAGCCCGACAAGCCCAUCUUUCGUUGAAGGCCCCCAAACGCGAGGAAAGCUCGAGAGGAUGGCCGACUACAGCGUUCUAGCCCUCGUUCUCUCCAUCGCUAGAGCUGAGGGUGUAACGGCACUGUAUGCCGGCCUCCAAGGCGAAGUGUUGAAAAGCUUCUUUAGCCACGGUUUGACCAUGGUGUCCAAGGGUAUCAUCCAUAAGUUGGUCAUUCGCUUCGGCGUCUUCUUGGUGGUCCUGAUGCACAGCAAAUCGCCCGCCGCGAGGGGCCAACUGCAGCGCUUUCGCCAAAUGUUUCUCAGGCUCAUCUGA